AUGACCCUUGUCAAUACUGCCUUUGAUGGCAAGGGGUUUCAAGCGUGGAGAAGAUCGGUGCUGAUAGCACUUUCAGCAAAGAACAAAAUAGGAUUUAUCAAUGGAGCUUGUCCUCCACCUGAUGUCACUUCUAAGGAAUAUCAGCCAUGGAGUAGAUGCAACAACAUGGUGACUUCAUGGUUUCUCAACUCAUUGUCCAAAGAUAUUGGGGAUAGUGUGAUUUACUCAAAAUCAGCCAAGGAUCUCUGGACUAGCUUGGAACACAGAUUUGGACAAUCCAAUGGAGCUAAACUUUAUCACCUGAGAAAGGAAUUAUCAGGGUUAAUAUAG